CGCGCGCCGGAGAGGGUCUAGGUCGCGGUGGCGCGUCCCGCGGAGUCGGGGACCAGGACCCAGGGCGGGCUGGCCGGGGAGCAUCCUGCGGCUGGCGCGCGCGGCCUGGGCCGAGUCCUGACGCGACUGCGGCCACCGGCCCGGGCCCUUUCUGGACCCUCCGGGCGGCCCCGACCCGCGGCGGGUUCCACGGGGAGGGCCCCUUCCGCAGGGACCUAGCCUCGCCCUGGAUGGACAGAUGGAUGCCCCAGCCCAGGCAGACUCACUCGUGACUCCGACAGAGUCACUGGCCACCCUUCCCUCCUGCGAGAGCCCUCCCUGAUCACAGGACCGACGCGCUUCCCUGUCCCCUUCCAGGCUGGACACGCGGGUGCACACCUCCCGGCCCUGGAGGGACCGACAGUGGACAGAGCGCCUUCCCCUCCGCGCACACUGCUGGCUGCAGGGUUGUCAGAUGCAGACGCCCUGACCCCCAGAAGGGACAAAACAGACAGACACUUCCAGCCCAGACUGAGACGCUCUUCCUCUGUCCGCGCUGGCUGGCCCCAGGACGCACACACCCCCCCGACUCUGGCCCCGCAGCCUAGCUAGGGUGGCCAGGACUCGGCCCUGCUUACUCUUGACCCCCUCCAGCCCCACCCUGGCUGAGGCUUUGCAUCCAUCCUGGCAGCUUGGAGCUUCUCUCCGAGAGUUGUUUUCCAGCCGCCUGGCCUGAGGUGAAAGUUCUGGGGCCUGAGCAGGCGUGGGGACUGACUGUGACUAGGGCGGGUGGGGUCUGGCCCUGACAUUUCCUUUGUAGGAAUCUCCAGCCUCACCAUGGACCCAGAGUGCUCCCAGCUCCUCCCGGCUCUCUGUGCUGUUCUGGCAGACCCCAGGCAGCCGGUGGCAGAUGACACCUGUUUGGAGAAGCUGCUGGACUGGUUUAAAACGAUCACUGAAGCAGGGUCCAGCCUGCAGUUGCUGCAGGAGAAUCCCUGCCUGGUGGAGUUGCUGUGCCACGUGCUGAAGCCCCAGGGCCUGAGCGCCAGAGUCCUCUCCUUCUCCCUCCGCCUCGCAGGGGUGUUUGCGGCCCAGGAGAGCUGCUUCCAGUAUCUUCAGGCAGAGUUGCUGCCCGGGCUCUUUGGGGAGGCCGGACCCCUCGGCCAGGCAGCCUGGAGCGCCCCCACCGUGCGCAGCGGCUGGAUCCAGGGCCUGCGCUCACUGGCACAGCACCCCAGCGCCCUGCCCUUCCUGGCCGACUGCGGUACCCUUGACACCAUCUUCUCCCUGCAGGGAGAUUCCAGCCUGUUUGUGGCCUCGGCCGCCGGGCAGCUCCUGGUGCACAUCCUGGGCCUGUCCCUGCAAGGCCCAGCUGAGGGACCCCCCAGCCCGCAGGCUUGUGACUGGCCAGUGUGUGCCCAGAAGAUCGUGGGUCACAUUGAAGGAUCACUGCGCUCUAUGGCCACCCCGCAGGUCACGCAGGCCCUCAACGUCCUGACCACUACCUUUGGGCACUGCCAUGGCCCUUGGAUGCAGGUCCUUUGGGAGCGGCUGAGUCCCCUCGUGGCCUGUCUGCUUCAGGAAGACCCCCUCCCAGCCGCACACUCGCUCGUGGACCUCCUCCUCAGCGUGGCCCGCUCUCCCGUGUUGAGCUCCUCUGACUGUGGCCUGUGGGAGACGUUGGCACAGACCCUGCGCCGUCUGAGUCCCGCACAAGCAGGGCCUCUGGCUUUGGGGAUCCUGAAGCUGCAGGACUGUCCACAGGCACUGAGGGCCCAGGCCUUUGGUGUCCUUCUCCAGCCCCUGGCCUGUGUCCUGACAGCUGCCGAUCAGGCCCCCGGACCCCCAGGCUUGCCGGAGGGGACCACGGGUGACUCGGUGACAGUGGACACACUCCUCUCCUCCAAGUCAGCCUGUGCCGGUCUCCUGUGCCAGACCCUGGCCCACCUUGAGUUGCUGCAGCCGCUGCCCCAGCGUCCCUCGCCCUGGCCCCAGGCGCCACUGCUGGGGGCUGCGGUGACAAUUCUGCGCUUCUGCAAUGGCUCGGCAGCCCCUGCCUCUGACGUGGGGGGCCGCCUCUGUGCGAUCCUGGCGGGCUGUGUCCGGGUCCAGCGAGCAGCCCUCGAUUUCCUGGGGGCGCUGGCUCAGGAGACAGGCCCCCAGGAGUUGGUGACGCAGGUGUCUGCUGUCCUCCUGGAAUACCUCAGGAGCCCCGACUCCAGCCCCACGGUCCUGAAGAAAGCCUUCCAGGCCACGCUCAGAUGGCUCCUGAGCUCCCCCAGGGCCCCCGGCUGCUGCGAUCUGGACCCCGACACCCAGCUGUUCCUCAGAGAGCUGCUCCCUGUGCUGCGGAAGCGUCUGUGCAGCCCCUGCUGGGAGGUGAGGGACUCGGGCCUGGAGUUCCUGACUCAGGUGACCAGACACUGGGGAGGACAGGCCGGCUUCAGACACGCGCUCCUCGCGUCAGAGGUGCCCGAGCUCGCCGAGCAGCUCCUGCGAGACCCUGAGAGUUACGUCCGUGCAAGCGCGGUGACCGCUGUGGGCCAGCUGUCCAGCCAGGGCCUGCACGCCACCGCCGCCAGCCCAGAACAGCUGGGGGGCCAGAAGGAGAGCCUGCUCGCGGAGCUGCUGCACGUCCUCUCCACGGACUCGGAGGGCUUCCCCCGGAGGGCCGCCAUGCAGGUCUUCACCGAGUGGCUGAGGGACCGCCAUGCCGACGUGGCCGAGGACACGGAGCGGUUUGUGGCCAGGGUGCUCCAGGCGGCGAGCCGGGACCUGGACUGGGAGGUCCGGGCGCAGGGCCUCGAGCUGGCGCUGGUGUUCCUGGCACAGACGCUGGGCCAGCCCAGUGCCCGCUGCCCCUACGCUGUGGCCGCGCCCCAGGCGACCCCGCCCGGCCCCCUGGCCCAGGCGCUGCGGGCGCUCAGCCGAGUGCGGCUCUUUGAGUUCGCCUUCCGUGCCUUAUUUGACUGUGACCGGCCCGUGGCCCAGAAGUCCUGUGACCUCCUCCUCUUCCUGAGGGCCCAGGCCACUCCCUCCGGCGGCCUUCAGGAGGCCGAGGGCAGCCCCGACGUGGUCCCUGUGGAGGCCGCCCUGCAGAGGUGGCGGGCGGGUGAGCAGGGCGAGCCUCUGGGGGACCUGGAGCCUGAGGCUGUGCUGGCCGUGCUGAGGUCCUUGGACCUAGAGGGCCUGCGGGGUGCGCUGGCCGAGAGCAGCGACCACGUGGAAAAGAGCCCUCAGUCACUCCUGCAGGACAUGCUGGCCACCGUGGGCGUCCGGGGGGAGAACCAGGCCGACUGCUACUGAGACAGCCCAGCGGAGGCUGCCCAGCCCCUGCUGCUGCCCUGCGUCCCUUCCUCGGGCCCCCGCCAUCCCAAGGGCUCCAGCCUGGCCUGGCUGCACAGGGGACCCUCAGGGAAGCCAGGACCUCGCGAGACCAGCGAGGUCAGGGAGCCCGCAUUUCGAUGUAUUAUUAAAGAAGUGGCUUAUUUUCUACUCAAAA